AUGAAGCGGCUCUUGAAAGAUUAUGAAACCAAAAAGAAAAAAGAAACCACAAAGAAGACAAAUGACAAGCGAGGACCUGAUCGUCCAAAGAAGACUGGUUCAGAACCAAUUUCUACAUCUAAAUCUGCCAGUCCAGACGCACUUGAUGCAUCAACUGGCCAGCCAAUUGAAAAGAAGAAAAGGGGAAGGCCUCGGGUGAAUCCAAUCACACCCAAGGGACCACCGAAAAAAAGGGGCCGGCCCAAAACCAAAACUGAUCCAGUUGUUAAAAGGCCAGUUGGGCGACCAAGGACAAAAAUAGUCGAAGUGAAAGAAAAACGACCUGUUGGUAGACCCAAAAGAAAAGUCGAAGAAGUAAAGGCCGUUUCCGUCAGUGAUAGCAGUGACAGUGACAGUGACGCCAGCGGUGUCACGGGAAACUCUUUGGAGAUAAUUCCAACCAGAAAACGCCCGUCUGAAAACCCAACCCAGGUAUCAACUCAGGAUUCAGGAUCAGAAACCCCAGACGAAGAAGUCAGCAGAAUCACCCCGACAAAACGUCGUAGAUUAAACAAACCCCCAACCAGCGUAUCUCCCAGACUUGAACUAAGAAGGGUACCUAAUCUUGCAACCCCUUCUGCAACCAACUCACCAGUUAUCUCACCCACCAAGACCAGAAGGUCUAGCAGGACCUUAGUUAAGAAGGCCGCAAAACGCCAAACUAACGAUAUCAAGCCAUUGGCAGCCAGCUCUCUUAUUCUUGACUCCGACUCUGACUUGGAUCAAAGUGAUCCAGAUACCAACAUCACAUCCAGACCCAUUUCCCAAUCGCCCACCAAAUACAUUGCUGCGUUUUCGGAUGACGACGACGACGAUGACGAAAUCACAAUGCUUAGAUAUUAG